AUGUCGCAGCCACAGCGCGCACAAAAUAUCUAUGAGGAAACCAUCGAUAUCUCGGACAAUGCCGAGAUGACCCUAGUGGUAGAGGAGUACGAAGACUGGCAUGGGAGGAAGACAAAACCGGUAGCGGAAGCCAGCCCGGUCUUUCAGAAUAUGUUGCGAAAACGAUGGGCCGAGGCGAGCAAAAGCACCGUGACCUUGCAAGGUGAUAAUGUCAAAGCUAUGGAGAUGUGGUUACGGCUUUUUCAUGCCACACUCAAAGAGACAGAAUUUUGGUGUCUCUCGAUUGAGGUCACAUGGCACCUCGUCAUGGUGAGCGACAAGUAUGAUAUCGAUCGUACUAAGAUGAAAACUUGGUUCGGAUCCUGGUUUGAUUUCGAAAUCAUAACCAGAGAAUUAGCGUACAACUGGGAGCACCAUAUCUCUGAAGUGAACCCGACAACCGACUUCAGGAUGCGUCUACCAAGUCGGGUGAUCCAACAGUUGAAAACCGCAAAAGGGCGACUGCGUACGAUUCUUCACCGAGGCUUGUUCGAACUAAUUUGCGAAAUUGUGGACACGGGCAAGUGCAGCUGUAAAGAGCGCACAGUGUUCAACUUUUUGGCGGAACUUCGACGGAUUCAGGCAUGGCCGUUGGAGGAUACGAUGGCAAAGACCAGCAUUGAAACCAUGCUGAAGCGGCUUAAACGAUUCGGGAGCAGUCGAAUGAACGCACAUGGUCCCAACACCGGUAUGCUUCUGUGCAAAUGCUCGAGGAACUGGGGACAGGUUGUCUAUGAUACCGUUCGCCGGGUGAGAAAUUACUUUGACGGCCUUUGUCUAGAUUGCAUGAAAAGCAGCAAGGAUGUCAAGUACCGGCGCGACGGCGACAUCGAAUACUGGGGCCAUCAUAUGUCGCGAAAGAAGUACGACGCUCAUUGUCGAAUCAAACACGGUGAACCGACAUGGUGGUUCAGCUUCAUGGGGCGCCGCGAGAAGAAAGAACUGAUCGCCGAUUCUUAG